AUGCAAAAUGUUGUUAAAUUUGAUAUGAAACUAUUAUUUUUUCAUGACCCAACAGUUCAAAAUCAAACAAUAUCAUGUUCUCUAAUCUGUUCACAAGAUGUAUUUGAUAGCGAAACAGUAGAAGAACUAUCAAAACAAUUUCAACAUCUUCUUUCACAAUUGUUUGUUAAACAUCCAUCUUCAUUUGAUUUAGUUAAUCAACCAAUAUCGAAAUUAUCAUUUUGUUUGGAGAAUGAACCUAAAGAAAUACAACAAACAAUCUUUCAUCGAUUACCUAAUAUUAAGAAUGAAGGACCAGCUUCUUAUGCACAAUCUCGUAUUUGGUUUGAUGAACGAAUUCGAUUCGAUCGAGAUAAACAACAAGUUGCAAUAUAUAAUAUGCUUUUUCUCUAUCGUCUUCAUUCACAACAUACAUUAUCAACUACACAACUUCAUCAUGCACUUCAACUCAUUCUUACAAAACAUCAAUCACUUCGAACAUCAAUUAUUUUCGAUAAUGAAACAAAUAAACUUAUACAACGAAUUAUUGAUAUCAUUGAUCAUACUAGAAAACUAUUUACAUUUAUUGAAAGUACUUUCAAAACAGAUGAAGAUCUCAAUAAAAUUAUGUAUGAUGAAAAAUACAACUCUCAACUUUUUCAUCUUGAUCAAGGUCUUGUCUUUCGAUGUCACAUUCUCUAUUAUAAACAAAUUUCUUUAAAUAAUCUUCUUUGUGAUAAAGAUAGAAUUAUUUUCAAUUUUCAUCAUGUUUUAUUUGAUUUCCCAUCCAUGAAAAUAUUUCUUCAUGAUCUCAAUCAAGCAUAUGCAACAAAUCAACUACCUAUCAAUCACAAUACUGAUCUACGUUAUCUUGAUUAUGCUCUUAUUGAACAACAAAUGCCAAUGACUAGUGCAAGUAUGUUUUGGCUUGAUACUCUUCUUGAUUCUAAUCUUGAUCGAUCUUUAUCAUUACCAUAUGAUCGAUAUCGUCUUUUGAAUGAACAUCGAAGUGAUCGUGAAACACCAAUCUCAUUUGAUUUUGGUCAAGAUCUUUCAUAUGAUUUUCUUAACUAUGCAUUAACAAACAAUAUAGAACUUCAACAUCUAGCACUUGCCGCUUAUUAUAUGUUCUUAUUUAAGUUAACUAAUGGAGAAUGA